AUGAACUCACCAACUGGAAGAAGCGGCUUCGAUCUGGCGGAUUUAACCCCCAGUACCUUCCCAACACAGCAAACAGCAAUUGCUCCUAGCACCAGCUUUAUUACCAGCCCUCUAGCCUCGUCCUGGAUAGUAAAUCCAGCCCAUUCUUAUCACUCCAGCUCUUCGCAUAAUGAUGCUUAUGAUUAUGACUACGAUGAUGACGACUCAUAUGGGGAUUACUCAAGCAAUUCAUAUUCAAGUCACGUUAAUCCGACUGCGAGAACAAAUUUUGUUCCGUUCCUUCAACCACAGUUCUCCGCCUCGAUUCCUGCUAGCAGUUCUCCUGUACUAAGUUUUCCCACUUCGGCAUCACCCAUGUUUGGCCUACCAGCGCAAACAGCAAAUCCACUUAUUGCUCCCGGACUUUUUUCGCCCUCACCUACAGGCAGGACCCUGCUUAAUGCU